UGAUUAGUAUUUUCUUUUUUAAAACUUUAUUUUUUCGUCUUUGCUGUUGAACAUUGAUUGAUUACGGUUUGAAUUACCGAAAGACUUCAACUUUGGGACCUCUUAUUAAUCAUAUUCGAAGGAAUAGUAACUUGUAACUUUGUUAAUAAUUACAAUCGUAUCGAGUUAUCCCAUAAAUUACUAUAUUUAUCGCGUAAACAAACCUCCUAAUUUUUUAAGAAGGGCCACAUUACAUAUAUGACAUCAUUUGGUUAAAAAAUAAUCAUCCACAGUGACAUCAAUCUGAUAGAAGUUGCAAUUUUAUAUGAUAUCAUCUUCCAAAUUAGUUACAUCAUCAACUUUAACCCCUUCAACAAACAAUUUCAGCCAUCAUAAUUUGAGAAAAUUUAUUUUUCUUCCUCUAAAUGCCAUUAUAAAACAUUCAAAAAUCUGAUGUCAUCUUUCAAAAUUGACGUUUAUAAUUCUUAUUUAAAAUUCUGUGACGUAAUAAUUAGCAUUUAAAUCAUUUUUGAAGUAAUAAUCAACGUUUUAAUGAUCGACGUGACGUAAUAAUUAAAAUUCGAUUCUUUUUUUGACGUAAUAAUCAAAUAUCAACGUUCGACGAAUGUGUUGUAAUAAUCAAAAUUCGAUCAGUUUCGACGUCAUAUGAUAUAUUGUUAUAGCUAUUAUUGCGUCAAAAUCUGAUACGUGACGUAACAAUAAAAAGCAUAAAUUACGCAAAAAUUGCGCGUAAAAGUUAAAAUUCUUGUAAUUUGACGUAAUCGAUGGUAAUUCCAACUAUUUUUAUAACACUGUAGAGCUUUUAUUUCGAUUAAAUUCCAAAAUGAUCGCCUAUUUAGUUUUAAAAUUGCCAGGAACGAUGCCGUCACUUAACGGUAAUUAAAGCAUAUAAACAAACACAGAACAGGUGAUUGUCCGCUGACACAGGCCAAAGUGUAACCUGACCUCUUCCAACGACUACAUAAACUAACUUUUCCUUCCCCUUGAACUCCAUGACGUCAUAAUAAUUCCGUCAAGUGGACGAUGAAAAAAGUUCAGUACUCAAACAAAACACAUAAACGAACCUUGUAUUGAGUUAUUUUUAAAAAUUCCGUCUCCCUCGUCCUCUUGAGGCAUUAAAGAAUAUGUCAAAAAAUUCCUAAACACGUGAUUUUUAUGACAAGAAACGUAAUACACCUCUCUACAGUGGUGUGAUUUAAACAUACACCAGCGUAAGUAACUUUGUUUUUUUUUAAUUCGUAAAACAUCUCUACGCAUCACUUCUUUUUUUAACCUUUUACAUACUCAACCGCCUACAAUUAUAAAGAGGUGAAAGUAAAAAAUAAAAAAAAUACACAUGUAUUUGGUGAAAAAAGGAGCCAAGUCUUUACAUGUCCGUCCUUGGUCCCUGCUUACACUCGCAUGGUCUUGUACACCCUUCCUUGGCGGUGUUUGUUUUAAAGCUAGCAAGCUACAGAACGGUUGGUGGCUUAGAGGAGUAGAAGACAUGAACAGGUCCUGAGAAAAGUCUGCUUCACACUCCUCUCUGAUCGCUUGACGAAAUGGCUCUGUGCCUGAUCAUUUGGCUCUUCUCCUUUAUCGUUUUUGUCUUCUCUGACCCCUUGACACCAGACAUGCCACAUGUGUGCGCUCAUCAGGAAACGGAACUCGUAAAAGUCCGAAAACCAUGCACCAAAGCUUUCACCCAGAUGGUGAGAGUUUGGAAACACAAUUGCGCUCAUUAUAAUAAUUGGUGUGUAGGUUAUGAACCAAGGACCGUAUAUUACUCAUCUUUCACUGAUGCUUUCGAACGUAAACUGCAUACAGUUUAUGACUGUUGUAAAGGUUGGAAGCGUCUAAAUGGUGAAUCCGGAUGCAACCAUCCUCAAUGUAAUGGUGGAAUUUGUUUUAAUGGAGGAAGAUGCGUAGGAAGAUCGAAUGUUUGUGUUUGUCCUUCUGGCUAUCAUGGUCCAAGAUGUCAAUAUGGUAAGUGAACUUUCUAAUAUGUCUUACAAAUUAACUUAUAUAUAAUAUAUUAAUAUUCUAAGCUAGUUAUUUAGUUAUAGAUGUAUUAUACUC